AAAGCCUGCCCCACCGGGGAGUUCAUGUGUUCCAACCGCAAGUGCUUGGCCGCCGUCUACGUGUGCGACGGUGACGACGACUGCGGAGACGGCAGCGACGAGCUCAAGUGUACCUCCCCUCUGACCUGCGGGCCCAACCAUCUCCGCUGCAACACCUCCGAGUGCGUGCCGCUCAUGUGGAGCUGCGACGGAGACCCCGAUUGCUCCGACAGUUCAGACGAGGGGCCGGAGCGUUGCGGCGGCGACGGGGUCCCGUACCCGCCUAACCGCAUCAACUGCACUGCCGGGGAGUUCCGCUGUGCCAAUGGGGAGUGCGUGCGGCUGACCUGGAAGUGUGAUGGAGAUCCCGACUGCAAGGACAAGUCCGAUGAGUCUGACUGCCCCCUGUUGACGUGUCGUCCAGAUGAGUUCCAGUGUGGUGAUGGUUCCUGUAUCCACGGCACCAAACAGUGUAACAAAGUCCAUGACUGUCCUGACCAAAGUGAUGAAUCUGGAUGUGUUAAUGCCACCAAAUGUGAGGGACCCCUCAAGUUCCUCUGCAAGAAUGGAGAGUGCAUUGACAGCUCCAAAGUGUGCGACUCUGUCAAGGACUGCAAGGACCGAUCAGAUGAGCCCAAGAAAGAGUGUGGGCUGAAUGAGUGCAUGAUCAACAACGGCGGCUGCUCCCAUGUCUGCAUGGACCGACCAAUCGGCUUUGAGUGCCAGUGCCCCACUGGCUACCAGCUACUGGACAAAAAGACCUGUGGUGACAUUGAUGAGUGUGAGAACCCUGACGCCUGUAGCCAGAUCUGCAUCAACUACAAGGGGGAUUUUAAGUGUGAAUGCUACGAAGGUUAUGAGAUGGACCCUGUCACUAAGACCUGCAAGGCAGAGGCAGGGAAAAGCCCUUAUCUACUGUUUACCAACCGGCAUGAGAUCCGACGCAUCGACCUGGUGAAGAGGGACUACAGCCAGGUGGUUUCCACCCAGAAGAACGCAGUGGCUCUAGAUAUGGACGUGGCCAAUAAUCGUGUCUUCUGGUGUGAUCGCUUUCACCGGAAAAUCUACAGUGCCUUCAUCCAUGAGGCCAGUGACCCCUCGCAGCAGGUGCCGCUGGUGGAUUCAUCGUUGCAGACCCCUGUGGGCUUGGCUCUGGAUUGGCUCCAACACAACCUGUACUGGGCAGACUCCGGGGACAAAUCCAUCUCUGUGGCCUCUGUGGAUGGCACCAAGAGACGUGUCCUCAUCAACACUGACCUCAGUGAGCCCAGAGCCAUAGCACUGGAUCCCCAUCACGGCUUUAUGUACUGGUCAGACUGGGGCACGAGAGCCAAGAUAGAGAAGGCCGGGAUGAAUGGAGUGGACCGACAGGUGCUGGUGGCUGAUAAUAUUGAAUGGCCUAAUGGUAUCACUCUAGAUGUAGCCAACAGGCGUCUGUACUGGGUGGAUUCAAAGCUGCACCUCAUCGCUAGUGUGGACCUGAACGGAGCUCACCGGAGAACGCACUUGGCAUCUGCGGAGAGACUGGGACACCCCUACGCUGUGGCUGUUUUUGAGGAUCGUAUCUACUGGACAGACAGAGACAGGGCGGCAGUCUUCAUGCUCAACAGGCUGACUGGACAAGACAUCCACACCUUGGCUGAAAACCUCAACGACCCCCACGACAUUGUGGUCUUCCACCAGCUCAGACAGCCGCAAGGCCCAGACAGCUGUAAUCUGGGUAGUGUGGCUAACGGAGGCUGCGAGUACUUGUGUCUUAAAGCGCCGCAGAUUACAGAACACUCUCCUAAAUACACAUGCGCCUGCCCCGACGGACAGGACCUGGGGCCUGAUAUGAGGGGCUGUGUAGCAGGAGCACCAAGAAAUGAUACGUCAGCAACGUCCUCACCUUCUGAGAUUACACCUGGCAUCAGAGCGACCGUUGCUGAAGACUUCCCGCCGCCCUCAGGGGGAGUAUCACAGGCGGACGCCACCCCCCACUUGACCACAGCUCCCUCCGCCUCCCCCGAGUCCCUCACCCCCAUCAGCACGCUCAAGUCUGUGUCGUCGCAGGAGUCGAAGGCGCUGGGAUCGCACUCUACUGCCACCGUUAUGGUCGUCUCCACCACACCUGCAGGGGACAGCAGCGUCUCACAACACUCUGGAAGUGAGCAUUUUCUCCUGGGCGAGAACCUGACAGUGGCUGUUUUGGGAGUGGUCAUCCCCAUCGUUCCUAUCGUUGCCACAGUGGUGUUUGGCCUGGUCUGUGCGGGAGUCUACCUGGUGUGGCGCAACUGGCGGCGCAACUCCACAAAGAGCAUGAACUUCGACAACCCUGUCUACCGCAAGACCACUGGCGAAGGCGAAGAAGAUGAGAUCCACAUCGGGCGGACUGACGGCAUGCACCACGCGCACCACCACCCGUACCCGCAGGGCGUCGGCAUGGGAGUUGUGGGAGCGGGAGGUGGCACGUGCCCACAGUUUAUCGCCCUGCCACUGGGCGGCAGCAUGCCAGACCCAGGGACUCACUGGUAUACGGAGCAGCCCAUGCUCUCCACCGCGAAGUGACCCAAAGGGGGCUGCUUCCAGGGAAAGAUGGCCGCUCAGGCACACGCACACACAGUGAGGUCAGGGGUCACUUGGACUGAGUUUGCUGAAGGGAGGAACAACAUAUCAUCGAGUAUUACAUGCAGCCAUUCACAGCCGUGUCCUAUGCCAAUUUCCAUAUGAAAAACAGCAUUAAUAAGUUGAACAUGAUUCUCCUCAAAAAUAGUUUCAUAUCUUCUCAGUGCUGAAGCCAGCUCUAUUUUUCUCUGCUGAGAAUUAAUUACAGAAUACUCAAUGCGUACUAAGCUGAAAUACAGAGUCAGACUGGUUUCUCUUUUGAGUUGUCUUUUACAUUGAUAACUAAGUGAGGUGUGUGCCAUUUGUCUUCUAUUUUGUGUGACGGGCCAGUGAAAGCGUUUCGUCCUUGAUGUAUUAAUUUGGGCUUUGUGUUAUUCCUGGGUGGGGAGGGGGGCAUGGAGCUCUGGGAACACUGUUUAGGAAGGAGGAGUUCUGAAACUGGGACAGUACCUGCGUUGUGGGACAAUCUGUACAGGUUCAUGUUAGAAUCAAUCAUAAAUGUCAUUACUUGGAGCUGUGUGUUGUGGUUAACAUUUUCAUCGAUGGAUUUUCUUUUCGGAACGUUUUUCGUCUGAUUUAUUUUCAAGAAAGGUUAUCACCCACAUUUUCAGCUGUCUCUCUGGUUCAGAGGACAGCCUUUAAGGGUGAGUUGUCUUAAUAUUUCAGAGUGCAGUUUUAUACAGUUGAUUUGAGAGGUUGUAUUUUUAUUUGACCUCCAACACCCCAGAGUGAAAGGAGAGUAGCCGAUUUGAAGACUGGAGAGAAAUAAAUUGAGAUGUACUAGUUUGUUUUCUAUGUGCAUAGAGGAUGUGAGUUUAGAGAGAACCCAGGAGUUCUGUUUUCUUUAUUGUGACUUUUUUUUAGAUGUUAAACGAUAUGAGAAAAGCAAUAGACUGCAGCUUUUAGUGAGGCCACAGUGUUACGUGGUUGACAAAUAUCCUCGAGUGUUAUGAAUAUUAUUUAAUCACCUACUUUUGACUGUGACACAUGCACACAUAAAUACAUAUGGGGCACAGUGAUAGCUAAACUCAUGUUGUUCUCCAGAGGAAGGAGACAGUGUGCACUUGCCCUUGGUAAACACAAACAGCAUGCAUAAUUGCUCACCAACUGACAAUGCAGCCAUUCAUUGUUCCAGGCAAAAUAUGCACGCACAUACAUGCACACGCAUUCACUAAAGCGAAAAAGAUUCCACGCCUGCUCUCCUCCUGAGAUGGCCGAUAUCUGAGCAGACAGUUUAGGAUAGUGCCAUGUGGGAGGGCCCAGCAGGUGGCUGCAUGAUGAGAAAGGCUCGUCAUGUGAUAUAAUGAAAGAAAACAAAAUCCAGACUCUGAUGUUAAGAGUUUGAGACCAACUUGUCCUGUCAGUGAACAUGUUUCUCCCAUUAUUCAUGCUGGUUUAGUCCUGUCAUUAACACUCCGUUUAUAAAAACCCUAAAAGUCUAGGUGUGUUUGUGUGUGUGUGUGCGUGCGCUCGCGUGUGUGUUCAUUAUUAUGCAUGUGAGUGCUAAUAUUCAUCCCACAGCCAUAUUUGAACCGUUUUGUAUGCUCUUUGUUGCACAACCCUCUUAGAAUGCCUUCUGUAUUGUGUAUUGCAUGGAAGAAAACAGUGUAUGAAGGUGUGCACGGUGCGUGGAUGAACAAGUGUGUGCGCGUGUGUGUGUGUGUGUGUGUGUGUAUACUUGUUUGGGAGAGUGAGUUUGACACUGGAGAAGUUUUGAGGGUGCUUUUUGAUUCAUUGAGUUGUAAAUAUGUUUUCAUAAGGUUUUUGAUAAUGUAUUAUACAAUUAUGUAAAAGAAAUGAUGUACAUAAGAUUUUAGAUAAAGUGUUGACAGGUAUAUUAAUUUAUUUGUACAAAGGAGAGCACUGCAUUCCCUGAUUGUAAGAAAUUCAAAUUAUCCACCAAAGUGAUUUGUGUUGUUUCUUGCUGUGCAUCAUUUAGUAUCAUUUUGUGUGCAACCCUUAUUUCUUUGUUUGCCCACGUAAAACAUGGUGUCCCCUACCAAAAAGCCUCUCACAUCUUUGUAACGCUUCCCAACCUUGGUGUUAAGGAGUUGACUGAUUUUUGUUUAUUUGUGCCUUUUUUGUUUACUUUUUCAUUCUUCUCCAGUAUUUUUCAUGAAAAGGACAGGGAUCAGCCAGCUACUUUACAUUCAAAGAAAAACUGUA